AUGAAAGGUGAUCUAAAUAUUGGGAGUUUUACUGAUACUAAUAUUAUUAAUGAAGAAAUAAGAUUAUUUGAAUGUGAUACGAAUAAAAUAAAACAACGUGAUAAUUUAUCAAAUUCAAAAACAAAUCAUGUAGAUAAUUUUUUAAAAACAUUAGAUUUUUAUUUCUGUGGAUAUACACGUUAUUUUAUAUUAAUAAUAUCUAUUCUUUGUAUGACUGCUGCCAGAAGAAAUAACUCAACUUCAACAAUGUAUUCAAAUAUAGAAAUGUCUCCUAAAGAAAAAGCAGCUGUUUUUUCUGGAUCAGGUUUGGGAGCAUUUAUUAUGGUUAUACCGGUUGUUUAUGCAAUUAAUCAUCUCGGUGCUAAAAAUGUUUUUUCAUUUUUAUUAUUUUUAUCAAUAAUUGCUACAAUAUCAUUAGCAUAUUUGCCUAAGAUUAAUGUUUACUUGAUGGUACCUAUGAGAGUUAUACAGGGAUUAUCUAUGGCUUCUGUUAUGCCAAUGAUGGGAUAUGUCUCCUCAACAUGGACAUCAAAAGAAGAAAUUGGAAAUUUUAUAGCACUCCUUUCGGCAUCUGGACAAUUUUCACAAUUAUUAACAAUGCCUUUAUCAGCAUUUUUAUGUACAAGUUAUGGAUGGGAAUCUGUAUAUAUUGUACAUGGAUUAUUAGGUUCAAUAGUAUUAAUAAUUUUUUUAAUAUUUUUUAGAAAUACCCCUCAUAAACAUCCUUUUGUUUGUGAAAAAGAAAGUAAAUAUAUUACAAAUGGAUCAAAAAAAUUGACUAAAAAAGAAAAAAAAAUUCCAUUUAUUAAAAUUUUUAAAUCUAAACCAGUAUGGGGUAUAUUUCUUGCAUUUUUAGGAAAUUCAUUUGGUUUUCAAAUAGUUGUACAAUUUAUGCCAACAUAUUUAAAUAAAGUACUUAAUGUAUCAGUAACAAAAACUGGUCUUAGUUCUAUAAUUCCUUCAAUAACACAAUUAGUUUUUAAAUUAUUAGCCGGUAUCCUAUCUGAUAGAAUAAAAUUUUUAUCUGAAAAAACAAAAAUUCAAUGGUUUAAUAGUAUUGCUAUGAUAGGUUCAGGUAUCUUUUUAUUACCAUUAGGUUUUCUUAAUCAAAAUCAUUCUGAAAUUGCUAUAUUUUGUUUUACUAUGUCUAUAAGUUUAUUAGGAGUUACAGCAUUAGGAGCUAUGAAAUCUGUUACAUUAAUUGCUAGAUCAUUUACACAUUUUGUUAUGGGAAUUGUUCAAUUAGUUAUUUGUAUUGGUAUGUUACUUGUCCCUAUGUUAGUGACAGCUCUAGCUCCAAACAAUACAAUUGAAGAAUGGAGAAUAGUAUAUUUUUUUGUUUUUAUGGCUUUAUUUUUGGGAAAUCUUGCAUUUAUUUUUAUGUGUUCUGCAGAACCACAAAAAUGGGCUAUUCAAAAUGAGAACAAUGAGAAGAAAAGAUUUAUCAAUGAUUCAAAUAUUUCUAAUGAAUAA